GCUCCCGCUGGGCGCCCCGAGCGGGUCCGGCCCGGGGAGCGGGGGCCGCGGCCGCCGAGCAUGGGGAAAUCCAACAGCAAGUUGAAGCCUGAAGUUGUGGAGGAGCUGACCAGAAAAACCUACUUCACUGAAAAGGAAGUACAGCAGUGGUACAAGGGUUUCAUUAAGGACUGCCCCAGUGGGCAGCUGGACGCCGCUGGCUUCCAGAAGAUCUACAAACAGUUCUUCCCAUUUGGAGACCCCACCAAGUUCGCCACGUUUGUUUUCAACGUCUUCGACGAGAACAAGGAUGGCAGGAUCGAGUUCUCCGAAUUCAUCCAGGCUCUAUCGGUGACCUCAAGGGGGACCCUGGAUGAGAAGUUGAGGUGGGCCUUCAAGCUUUAUGACUUGGAUAACGACGGCUACAUCACCAGAAACGAGAUGCUGGACAUAGUGGAUGCCAUUUACCAGAUGGUGGGGAACACCGUGGAGCUCCCAGAAGAAGAGAACACACCAGAGAAGAGGGUGGACCGGAUCUUCGCCAUGAUGGAUAAGAACGCUGAUGGGAAGCUAACUCUUCAGGAGUUCCAGGAAGGCUCCAAGGCCGACCCCUCCAUUGUGCAGGCGCUGUCCCUCUACGACGGGCUGGUAUAGUCCAGGCCCAGAGCUGUGAUGUGUGGGAACCACUAGCCUCUUCCUGUGCCAUGAGGCCACCGCAGCCUGACACCGCCCCUGUGCCCACCCAGCCUUCCUCGUCUCCACAAAGCCGGCCGCCCUUGAGCCUCUAGGCCCUGGCUGUCUUUCCCCCAGCCCUGCAUCCACCUGCCGCCUGAAGCCACUGGUUCCAUCGUCAACGACCUCCGCUUGUCCAAACAACGACAACCCAAAACGGAAAGGCUCCAGCCCUCUGCAAACCUGAGCGCCGGGCUGCCUCCCUCGGCAGCCGUCCCGUUCUUCCUGCUGUCUGGCCUGUGUGCUUUCUUUUUUCUUUUUUUAUUUCAAAUGGACAAUGUAAAAGAAAACAAACUACCUUCCGUUCUAAAAGAUACUGACCAUUGGGAGAAGGCCUCUGUGUCUCAGAGAACUCAGUCUCUGCCUGGUCCCCUGCAGUGGUGGCCAGGGGCAGUGAGGCCACUGGCAGGCAAGGGUGUUAGCGGCAGUGACUCACGUGAUAACAGUAUUGUGCAUUUUGUGGGGAAACUGAGGGUUUUUUUUUUUUAUACUCAUACAUAAUCGAUACCUUUUAUUUAUUGGUUGUUAACUAUUGCUGCUACCUUGUGUGUCUGAAACUCCCAGGAUGCUGGGCCUCCGUUUACAUGUGCACACCCUCACCCACCUGCCCGCCACACUUGGGAGGAUGGUGGCCUGCAGCGGCCAAGAAGCCAAAAAAAUCUUUUCCUUUUUUUUUUUUUUUUUCUUUCUUUCUCAGAUACUGUGCUCCGUUUUUGGAGAGGGGAAGGUAGGCAUUCCUCGAUGGCUAAUGCACUGUUCCCCCAGCUUCUGCCCUGAAGCCCCCACCCCUCUCCUCUGCACCCCUUGGAGCCCAUAACACUUUUUUUCAAGAACACACUUGGGGUGUUUUUUGUUUUUUGGUUUUUUUUUUUUUAAUUUUUGCAACUUUACUCUGAUGUUUGCAGCAGAGAAAAGAUGGAGAGCCUUGCUCUGGGAGUGGGAACUGGGAGCGGGUGUCGGGCACACAGAAUAGAGUAUGAAGUGGGCUUCUCUGGGAACUGCUGGCCUCUGCCUCCUUGAUGCUAACUAAGGGGCUGGGUAGGUAUAGCGUGUGAAC